CGGAGUCAGAGCGCCGAGCCGGACAGCCCUGAACUGAAGUAGGCUUCGUGACCAGACGCACCAGAACUCUCAAAAGCGGAAGCCGCAUCAUAAUUCUCUGAUUCUCUCUCGCCGGCGUCGAAACGCGCCAGGACAAGCCAUGGCCCGCUACGACCGCACGAUCACCGUCAUCUCCCCGGAAGGCCACCUCUUCCAGGUGGAGUACGCCCUCGAGGCCGUCCGCAAGGGCAACGCCGCCGUCGGCGUCCGCGGCGUCGACCACGUCGUCGAGAAGAAGUCCAGCCCCAAGGUCCAGCACUCCAGGACCAGGCCGGCAGUUCUCCCCGCCAGCCCCAGGUUGGAUUCCGUGGCCACCCAUAGCCACAGAUCGAAGGAAUGCUACAUGGCGAGGUGGAGUUGCACGACCCGUGGUGGGGGCCAUUGCCGGCGCCGCCUGGAGCUGCACCAGCCGCGGAAGCCCAAGCAGCUGUCGCCGUCAUCCUCGUCUCGCGGACCCAGCACCUCCGCCAAGACCUAGGGAAGCCUGCAGGAACGGCGUCGACUACAACCUCGCUGACGCACUAUCAGGUUCCCGAUGGAUUCCUGAUCUCUGUUGGUAGAGAAAAGAUGGAGAUUGGAGCUCUCGGGCUCAGAACUAAUACUAAGAACUGCAAUAUAAAUUAGGCAAAAAUAAUUAGGGUUUUUUAUUGCUUGAUCCUCCCAGCCUCCCCACUCGUCCUUUAUAACAUAGGAUCGGGCUCAAGCAAGUUCCAGACUUCCAGUAGUACCCUUGAUACAGACAGAGAUACAAAGUUUAAAGUUCCUGGCCUAAACAGUAAUAAGCUUCUGGAGCAUUGUCGCUGGUUUGGUGCUCUUCCGUUAACUGAAUGUUUGUCUUGGCGAUGCAUCUUCAGUAUCCUGACACGCACCGGGGGCCCUUUUUUUAUUUCUGAAAGUUUUAGU